ACAUCGGUUGUGACUGGUGGUUUCUCCCAUUGAAAUUGAACUUCAUUUCGAGAGAGAGGAUCGUUGUGACCAAAACUCGUGUGCUAUCUAUUUCGAAUAAAUGUAAAGUGAACAGCUUUUGCAACCUGUGGAAAACUGCAUAAGUGCCAGGUAUUUGUGCGAAAAGUCAUUAUGAUAAUUGAAGAGAGCAAUGCAAUGCUCCCCUUUUGUGAGGGAGUCACAAAGAUACAGUGCACGAGAAAUAACGUUGGCGAGUCACAGGUGCUCAGCAACAACGCAUCAAAUGUUGCGGUAGACAACGGAACGGUCACCAGAAAACCAUCACCGGUUCGUGAUAAAUGGGGGAAGGACGUGGAGUUCAUGCUGUCCUGUAUUGCAUACUCGGUAGGCUUCGGUAAUGUGUGGAAGUUUCCUUACACAGCACUUAAAAACGGUGGCGGCGCCUUCCUGAUCCCCUACAUCGUGGUGUUGUUCCUCGUGGGACGACCAAUCUACUAUUUGGAGAUGGUGAUGGGGCAGUUUUCGAGCCGUGGCGUUGUCAAAAUAUACGAUCUCAGUCCAGCCAUGAGAGGCAUUGGAGUUGGUCAAUCCAUUGCCAUGUUCAUAGUCAUGACGUACUACACGCCGAUACUGGCGAUCACCUUCCGUUAUCUGGUGGCGUCAUUCAGCGCAGUACUGCCUUGGGCAAAAUGCGAUCCGUCGUGGCCCAAUUGUGUGGAUUCCGAUUUUAUUGGUCAAAUCGUCUCUAACUCAUCCAUUAAACCGAAGGCUUCUGCAGAACUCUAUUUCCAGAAUUCAGUGAUGCAUCAAAACGGGUCCCUCUUCGAGGGUCUUGGACUGCCAGAUUGGAAACUUGUGCUGUGUCUGCUCUUUGCAUGGUUGUGCGUUGCCACCAUUCUAAUAAAAGGAAUAAAGAGCACAGGGAAGGCGUCUUACUUUCUUGCCAUCUUUCCCUACGUUAUCAUACUGAUCCUGUUGGUUCACGCAUGUACCCUAGACGGAGCCUUCGAUGGCAUCGUGUUUUUCCUAAAGCCACAGUGGGAUCAACUGUUGAAUGUCACGGUGUGGUAUGAAGCCGUCACACAAUGUUUUUUCUCGCUUUCGGUAUGCUUCGGCGGGAUUAUUGCUUAUUCGUCGUUCAACAACUUCUCCAACAAUGUAUACAAAGACGCCAUAAUCAUUUCCUGGCUCGAUACCUUCACGUCCAUAGUGGCCGGGUGCAUCGUGUUCGGCGUCAUCGGGAAUCUGGCGUACGUCACCGAGCAGCAGGACAUCCAGGCGGUGGUCAAAAGUGGCGCCGGACUGACGUUCAUGACCUAUCCGGAUGCGAUCGCCAAGUUCGACUGGCUGCCACAGCUCUUCUCCGCCCUGUUCUUCCUGAUGCUUUUUAUCGUCGGCUUGGGCAGCAAUCUGGGCGUGACGACCAGCAUCGUGACGGCGAUCAAGGAUCAGUGUCCGGAGCUGAAGAACUGGCAGGUUGUGUCGGCGGUGGCCGUGGCUGGGUUUUCGUUCGGUACCGUUUAUCUAACGCCCGGUGGAUUGGACUUGCUGGAUGUUUUGGAUUAUUAUGGGGCGAAGUAUGUUACGUUGACGUUUGCUGUUCUAGAGCUGGCAACACUGGCUUGGAUCUACGGGGUGGAUCGCAUUUGCAGGGAUAUCAAAUUUAUGCUUGGCAUCAACACCAGCCUGUUUUGGAGGAUAUGCUGGGGGGUCGUCGCGCCUCUGGCAACGGUGGUUAUUCUGUUGUUGAGCUUCAUCGACUAUAAAGCUUUCAUAGUUCCUAUUGGAUAUAAUGUUCUUGGUUGGUUCAUCUACAUUGUGGCCGUUCUGCAGCUGCCUGGAUGGGCUUUGUACGCUACUACGCGGACCAGCUCGAAAACGAUUGAUUCGUGGUGGGGUUCACUGAAAAAGUCUUUCCGACCACUGCCGGAGUGGGGCCCAGAGGACACUCCGACGCGACUUCGCUACCAGGAGGAAGUGGAGCAGCAUGAAGCAACGGUGCCGAGCGAUCGAAAUGCCAUCGAUUUUAUGAAACGGAGGCUUCUGAGCUGAAAAUUUCAGCUGAAGAAUUCUGCGUAUGUUUUUCUAGAGGCCAACUUUUUAAAGUAUCAACCAUUCUGAGUUAAAAGCGCAUUAAUAUUUAUGUAAGUGAGAAAAACGAAUAAUAUUUACCUGAUAAUAUUUUUAAGAUUUUUAUGUUAAUACUGGAUAUUCUAUUUAAAUAAAAGUAAAA